GAAGCACUGCCCCCUGUGAAAUUCCUGACUGCCAGGGUGAUUCCUACGGUUACCAAGGGCUGCUUCCUACUGUAGCUUACCGUGUGCUGUGUGGCAAACUAUUUUAUAACCUCUGGAUAAAUUAUCAACCCCGGGAAUGAUAUCCCCAGCGAUAAAGGGUUAAUGUUUCCUUACCGGGCGCCCCCAGGGUCGCUUUCAAGCCUGACUGCUGACAGCUGACACCUCUGUCAUCCUCCUGAGCGAUCUAAUCGAUCACCUCUAGCUCGACAAGACAGCACACCAGGUUCUGCUCCGUUCUGCUGGCGGUUGAGUAGAGCAGGCUCUGUGUUGCUCUGAGCCCGGAUAUCUCAGCAGGACUGCAUCACCAUGGAUACAGAGUCCACCUACUCGGGCUAUUCCUACUACUCGGGGCGCUCCCGGGGAUCCCACAGACAUGGAGAGCGAAGCCGGGACCGGCACAAGUCGCGCAGCAAAGACAGCCGCUCGGAGAAGUCUGUAACGAUUAACACGCCGCCUGCAGAGCCGCUGCUAGGCGACACAGCUGUACGGGGGGAGCAAGUCCAGGAUGACAACUGGGGUGAAACCACCACAGCCGUCACGGGCACCUCGGAGCACAGCCUCUCUCAGGAGGACAUUGUUCGCAUCACAAAGGAUCUGGAGGACAGUGUGGGGCUCGACUGCCGCCGUUACUUCACCCGGACCCUGGCAAUAAUCUUAGGCCUGCUGGUGUUUCUCACGCCACUGGCCUUUCUGGUGCUACCCCAUAUCCUCUGGCCAGACAAGCUGCAGAGCUGCGGGACGGCCUGCGAGGGCCUCUUCAUCUCUGUGGCCUUCAAACUGCUCAUACUGCUGCUGGCUGUCUGGGCGCUCUUCUUCAGGCCGGCGCGGGCAGGACUCCCAAGGGUCUAUGUAUUCCGGGCACUACUUGCUGUACUGGUUCUGCUCUUUGUGAUCUCCUAUUGGCUCUUCUAUGGAGUCAGGAUACUCGACUCACAGGACGAGAACUACCAGGGUAUCGUGCAGUACGCCGUGUCGCUUGUGGACGCUCUCCUCUUCAUCCACUACCUGGCCAUCGUCCUGCUGGAACUGCGGCAGCUUCAGCCGUGCUACUCUGUGUGCAUCACACGCUCCACAGAUGGCGAGACAAGGCACUACAACCUGGGACAGCUCAGUAUUCAGCGGGCAGCUCUGGCCAUCAUAGAGCACUACUACUGUGACUUUCCGGUUCACAACCCAGCGCUGCUUUCCGCCUCCAAAUCCCGCGCUGCCAAGCAUCUGGCUGGCCUCAAGGUGUACAAUGUGGAUGGUGAGUUCCCAGCAGCCCCUGCUGAGGGUCCCGGAAACAACGCAGCAGCGGGAAUCGCCCAUUCUCAGUCCAGAGCAAUGAUCGCAGCUGCCGCCCGCCGCAGAGACACCAGCCACAACGAGCUGUACUACGAAGAGGCCGAGCACGAGAGGCGCGUCCGCAAACGCAGAGCACGGCUGGUGGUGGCAGUAGAGGAAGCGUUUACACACAUCAAGCGCAUGCAGGAGGAAGAGCAGAAAAAAGCACCUGGGGACGUUAUGGACCCUCGAGAAGCAGCACAAGCCAUCUUCCCAUCCAUGGCUCGGGCCCUGCAGAAGUACCUGAGGACCACCAAGCAACAGCACUGCCACAGCAUGGAGAGCAUCCAGCAACACCUGGCCUUCUGCAUCACCAACAACAUGACGCCCAAGGUGCAACGGAGCACAAAUCUGAAACAUUUCCACUCCAGUCAGGAGCGACGCAAGCGUGCCGUGUUUGAACACCAGGUUCACACAACCAGCCCCAACCCGACCCCCUCCUCCACCAUCUGUCACACUGUUGCCAAGUUACAGACCUCUGUCAAGGAUUGGUUUCUGAUGGGCGGUUUUCUGAUAAUGAACGUGACGUUGCAAUAUACAGACAAACUAAUGAUGGCUAACCAGCUGGACCAAACCAGGACCCUCAAGCUCCCAGGCCUCUGGUAG